GAAACGAGGAGUCAUAUCAGUUCACGGGUCCAUAUAUCGCAUAGUCCAUAAAAACCACUGUCAUAUUGGCAUUGCCAAUCAAUGCAUUUGUUUUUGUGUUUGGGAGGCAAUGGAGCUCACCGAGAUCUACCGAACGAUUGAUUUCAUAUAUUGAGGAAAUUCAUACCGCUGACAAGAAAUUCAAUCGAACUUCCACUUCGCCUCUACUUUCCUCUUUCUUUAUUGUGAGAAUACAGAGCUGUGACCAUGUUCGCAGAAUAUCGGGACAGUUUGGGCCUUCGUUGGCCCAAGCCAACUGAAACCAAAGCGCAGUGUCCAAGCUCAAGGUGCUACCCGCAAGAUAUUGAUCUGAUCAGAAAGGAACAAUAUCCAAUGCUUCAAGACACGACCUAUCUAGACUAUGCUGGGACGACUCCGUUCGCCAAAGCGCUUAUCGAGCGUUUCUCCACCGAUAUGAUGUCCAACCUUUUCGGAAACCCUCAUUCCGCAUCGCCUUCGUCACAGUUGUCUACUCAAAGAAUUGAAGAUGUGCGAUUGCGAGUUCUUCGUCUUUUCAACGCAGACCCUGCAGAAUUCGACGUGGUUUUUGUGGCCAAUGCCACCGCUGGUAUCAAACUAGUGAUGGAGGGAUUCCAGGCGCAUCCCAAAGGCUUUUGGUUUGGAUAUCAUAAAGACUCCCACACUAGUUUGGUCGGAGUAAGAGAAACGGCGACUUGCGGGCAAAGGUGUUUCACCUCGGACAGUGAAGUUGAAAGAUGGAUAGCACAGAUGGCAGAAGACGGUCAGGGAGCAAAUGACGGUCUGGAACUAUUUGCAUACCCAGGACAAUCAAACAUGAAUGGGAGGCGACUUCCAUUAGAUUGGUGCCGGCGCCUUCGGGAAUCCGCCGCAGUAGGACACAGGAGUGCCUUUUCGCUGCUUGAUGCCGCUGCACUCGUCUCCACUUCUCCUCUGGACUUGAGCAAUUCUGCAAAGGCUCCGGACUUUACUGUCGUCAGCUUCUAUAAGAUAUUUGGGUUUCCAGAUCUCGGCGCUCUUAUCUUGAGAAAAGAAGCGGGACAGGUUCUCCAACAAAGGAGGUACUUUGGCGGUGGCACGGUCGAUAUGGUCGUCUCAUUGCAAGAACAAUGGCAUGCGCGCAAAGAUCGGCAUCUUCAUGAGCAACUAGAAGACGGUACACUGCCAAUUCACAGCAUACUUGCUUUGGACGCCGCUCUUGAUACCCAUGAAUCAAUCUUUUGCUCGCUGGAGAAGAUUUCUUCACAUACAGCACGCCUUGCUCGCAGACUUUAUGAUGAGCUGUCAGCGUUGAGACACGGGAAUGGCGAGCCGGUUUGCGCGAUCUAUAAAGACUCGACUUCGACAUAUGGCGAUCCCCAAAGUCAAGGCCCAAUAAUUGCCUUCAACAUACGAAAUAGCCUCGGAGCUUGGAUCAGUAACACUGAACUCGAAAAGUUGGCUGCUAUCAAAUCAAUCCAGCUGAGAACUGGCGGAGUUUGCAACCCAGGAGGUAUUGCUUCAGCUCUUCAGCUUGCGCCUUGGGAAAUGAAACGCAAUUUCUCUGCAGGCCAGCGUUGCGCAGCCGAAAAUGAUAUCAUGGGCGGAAAGCCCACCGGGGUCGCCCGUGUUAGCUUUGGCGCCAUGAGUACCCAAGCUGACGUCGAGAAGUUCCUUUCCUUUAUCAGAGAAUAUUUUGUCGAAUCAAAGGUAUUUCUGGACCAAACGUUUUCAUCUUCGAGCAUACCUCGAACAUCAGAAGGGCAUUUCACUGUCGAGUCUCUAACAAUUUAUCCGAUCAAGAGUUGUGCUGGUUGGAAAGUACCACCGAAGACGCCAUGGGAUAUUAGAGGCGAAGGAUUGGCUUGGGAUCGGGAAUGGUGCCUUGUUCACCAGGGAACCGGCGCUGCCUUGAGUCAAAAGCGCUACCCACGUAUGGCAUUGAUCCGUCCGAGUAUCGAUUUCACGAAGGGUGUCUUACGAGUGCGGCUGUAUGAUGCCAAGGCAGCGGAACCGGAAUCUUCUCAAGAGAUUGCAGUACCGUUGUCAGCUGACCCCAAAUACUUUGGUAUCGGCACUGGUUCGAAUGGCCAAGCUACACAGGUUUGUGGUGAUAUGGUCACAGCCCAUAUGUCUAACUUGCCCGAGGUAUCGGAAUUCUUCACCAAAGCAAUCGGUAUCCCAUGCACGCUUGCGCGGUUUCCAUCUGAUGCGCCUGGCCCUUCGAUGAGGUAUUCCAAGGCACACCUGCAGCCGUACCAGGUUGCUUCAUUGCCUGAGCAAGUCCCAGGAUCUUUUCCUCAUUCCGAGUCUCGACAGUCCAUAGUCAAGAGACCGAUCCUCUUCUCUAAUGAGAGUCCGCUUUUGAUAAUAUCUCGCUCAAGCCUAAACCGCUUAAACGAGCAAAUAAAAGAGAGAGGAGGGAAAGCCGCACAGGCCGAGGUGUUCCGUGCAAAUAUUGUUGUUUCAGAAGAACCUUCAGCAUAUGGGAACGAGAGCCCAUAUGUCGAGGACAGUUGGCGGUUCUUGCAGAUUGGAACACAGCUAUUCCAGAUAUUGGGGUCCUGUCGCCGGUGCCAAAUGGUUUGCAUUGAUCAGAAGACUGCCGAGAAGAACGAAGAACCGUUUUCAACUUUGGCAAAGACUCGUAGAUUUGAUGGCAAGAUAUUCUUUGGCCAGCAUUCGUGCCAUUUGCCGUCCGCGAUCAAGUCGCAGUCUGCACAGCAUCCGACAGUCAUGGUUGGCGAUCGCGUUAACAACCUAGAAGACUAUCAAGAAUUGCCUAAAGGUGUCAUCGUCAACUUGUAAAUAGUCUGUUGAUGGCUUUCCCUAUUAUGUUUUGGAGUUAUCGGCGUUGUGUAGGUUAGAUGAUACCAGGAUUAGUUUUGGAUUUGAAUGAUAUAGCCAAGAUCCCUUUAGCAUCAGUUAUAGAAGCAGAUUCCCAGAGUGUCCGAGCUGUAAAGAAGGGGGGGGGAGUGUC